CUCAACUUAUCCUCAGGAUAUUAGCACCAGCUACUCUCAUCAGCCAUCAGCUCAAUAUGAUCAGUAUGGGCAAUAUAAUACGUCCCAGUUCUAUAACAGCUCAUCUACCUCCCAGCAGGGACAAUUUGAAUCUUCUAACCAGCAGCAGUUGGAAGGGUCCGGUCAGUCUUAUGGGUACAAGGUUAGAGAAGAUAACACUUCAGUGAGCAGGAACUAUUCUUAUGAAGGAACUAGUACAGGAGGACCAUCAGGACAAGAACAGACUGGUGAGCAGUACAGCAGAGCCAGUAACUAUGAAUACAGUAAUAAUAAUAAUGAUGAUGGAACUCGGUACAAUUAUUAUCAACAACAAGUUGGAGGAGGAGAAAAUCAAUGGAUCAAUACACAAGAAGGAGUGGGUGGAGCCUAUCACUAUGGUUACAUGCCGACUCAACCUUACUAUUAUUAUCAACCUUACUAUUACCAGACCACUCCAACCAAUUAUUCGGCCACACCCACCAAUUAUUCGACCACACCCACUAAUUACUCAGCCCCACCCACUAAUUACCAGUCUAACCCAAUUUCUUACGAAGCCACACCCACUUCCGCUGCCGUUUCUCAAUCUACUACAUCAUGGAAUCCUGUUGCUUGGCAACCAGCAUCUCAAGCCACACCCACUAGAGGUGGUGAAUGGCCACAGUGGUCUGGACACAGGUUCUCAAUGAGAGGAAGGGGGCGUGGCUCCAGGGGGAGGGGCUCCAGUGGUAGGGGAGGUGUGUCUAGUGAUAAACCAUCAAGAUGGGACACACCCACUAAUAAUAAAGGUGAUAAUUAUUCGAGUGUUCCACCACCUAAUUCACUGACCACACCAAGCCCAGCCACACCCACUGAAUCAAUUAAAAAGACAGAUGAUGCCAAUACACCUGCUAAGGACUGGCCUCCUGGACUCCAAGAGUACAUGGUUCGUUCUUUUGAGUCUUGUUCUUCGGAGGAAGAGAAGUCUCAAGUUGAAAAGUAUCUUCAAAUUGAAAUUAAUCAAAUGUUUCGUGACAAACGUGUCUGGACAGUUGAUUGGAGCUCUGAACCACUCCCACUAGACAAAUUGAAACGUCAGGCACAGAAAAGAAAAUCACGCUGGGACACGCCCUCUCCCUUGAGUGUGGCCACACCCUCACCUCCUAAUGUGACCACACCCUCCACAACCAGCAAAAGAGGAAAGAAAGGAAAGAGAGGGAGAGGAGGAAGGUUCUCGGCUGAUCGUUCUAUUCCCCCAGACCUUUCAGAAGAGGACAAAGUUAAAGUGGGCCAGAGGGCGGCCAGGUUUGCUAAAGGAUCCGAAGGCAAUAAAAAAUUUAAAGCAAAACUCUCGAUAGAAGAGCUCUUAAAGACAGUGAGUGUAUCAGGUGAGGAAUGUGACUGGGAGUCCUUUUGUAUUGAAGGGACUAGCACUAACCUUGAGAAGCAGUACCUGAGGCUGACCUCAGCUCCCGAUCCUCGAACAAUAAGACCUCAGGCCAUACUGUCUCAGUCUCUGUCUCUUGUACUUGAGAAGAAUGAACAAGGAAGGGACUACAGAUACAUAUGCGAACAGUUCAAGUCUAUAAGACAAGAUCUUACUAUACAAGGCAUUAGGAAUCAGUUCACUGUUCAGGUGUAUGAAUCACAUGGAAGAAUAGCAUUAAAAAAUGGUGAUUGGAGUGAGUUUAAUCAGUGUCAAAGUCAGUUAAAUUCCUUAUAUGGAGAAGGUUUGUUUGGUUCGAAAGCAGAGUUCUUAGCUUAUAAGAUACUCUAUCAUAUGAUGACUAGCGAAACUGCUGAGUUUGUUGGUCUGUUUUGUGACAUUACAAGAGAUCUUGCUGCUGAACCAGCUGUUAAACAUGCCCUGAAUAUGCUGAGGGCCUGGUCUACUGGGAAUUACUAUAGGUUCUUCCGGCUGUACCGCACUCUACCUAAUCAAGGAAGAUACCUCGUUGAUCUGUUUAUAGAAAGAGAGAGGAAGUCUGCCUUAAGAAUAAUGUCUAAAGCAUAUCGCCCUACACUUUCCAUAGACUACAUAUCGUCAAUUCUUUCAUUUUCAAGUCUAGAAGAAUGUAGAAAGUUCCUGAGAGAGUCUUGUGGUGCAGUGUUGGAUCCUGGAUCACUCUCCAUUGACUGUAGACUAACCUUUAAUAAAUUAGCUGCAAAAAGCUAGUAUUAAUAAUAAUUAUUUAUUUAUUUAUUAUCUCCAGAAAUGGCAAAUGAACUCUCCUUUUAUUAUGUAUAAUAAUAUUUUUGGUUUUUUCAAAUUGGUAAUUUCAUUUUGUUCACACUAA